AUGCCCCCUAAACCCCUCCAACCCCUCCCCUACCCAAUCCUCUCACCCCGCGCCCAAAUCCCCAUCAUCGAUUUACGUCCCUCUCUCACCGCACGUAUUUUAACCCCGUGGAUCGUAUUUAUCACGUUGAUUGUAUUGUUGUUGGCGACUGUUGCGGGGAUUGUGCUGAGUGUGGAGAUCUUUGGGGAGAGGAGUGGGAAUGGGAGUGAAAAGGAUUUACCGAUUGGGUUGAGGGCUGGGACGGGGAUCUUGUUGGGGGGUUGUACAUCCACACUCCUCUACCUAAUCCUCCACAUAACCGCCAGCAUCCAAAACGCCCCAGUAGGAUUCGUACGACCGCCCGAAUUAGCGGUUCACGCAUAUAGUUUUAUCGUCGCACGCAUCACGCUAGUUUGUUGGAUGAUAUCCAUUAUCGUUUCUAGCAUCAUUAUAUCCAAACCGAAAGUGUGUCGGUUGGGAACGCGCGAUUGUCGUUUGCAGAUUGGUGAGAUUGUUGUUGAGGGUGUGGGUUUUAUUGCGAUAGGUAUUAUUCUGACUGCUCUCGAAGCUUGUCAAUAUCCCUUUCAACUACCUACUACUAGUACGACUCUCCCCGAUACGAUUGAUUGCAGGGUAAGUUCCUUUGGAGAUGAUUUGGUAGAUAGUAAUCUUACCUCACUUAAUCCCUCUGCUGCGAAUAUUCUCCAAUCGCAUGCGCAAUUUAUAAGUCCCUCGACUUCGAACGAUUCAAUCGCGUCGUUUCAUGACGAUUAUCUAUUUAUGGGUAAUGAGAAAGAAGAGUGGGAGAAGAAUCAAUCGCUUGCUAUAGCGAAUGCUAGUAUUACGAGCACGACGAAUAUCAAGAGGAAACCGGUGCCAGCAGGUACUACAUUAGAAUCGGCAUUGCCAAAAUCGGAAUCGCAGAGUUUGAUGACUUCUAUUCCAGGGGAGUUUCCAGAAGAAAGAAGUAUCACACCACUUCUACCUACACCUGCUUUGACACGAGCGACAUCGAAAUCGAAAUUGAAUUUUAGGGGUUGGGGGUUUGACUGGUCGUAUCUUGUGAGGGAUACGGGGACGGAUGAGAAGUGCUUGUCACAUUCUGAUUCGGCGAUCUCGAUGGGGUCGAAUUUGAGCACUGAAUGUGCAAAUUGCGCGAGUUGCGCAACUUCAGCGUCGACGAAACAGAUGACUAGCUCUUUGGCUGCGCAGAGAAUGGCGAGGCAAAGAAAUGUCACGCCAAGUAGUAGUAUAAGUGAUAUUGCGAUGAGAUCACCGUUAUUUACAAUGAGAACUGCGGAAUCUCCAGAUGUAGCUAUUAGGCCAGAUGUGGCACUUGUUCCAACUACUAUCCCCUCAUCACUCGAUCGAAUUUCUCCUAGAAAACCUCCUGUUACACAACCUCUGCCAAUAGCAGUGCUCAAUGAAAUGGUGAUAAGGAGACCAUCCGUACCACCUCCAAUAAGAAUGCCGAGACCACCACCUACGACGGAGCGUUCACCAAUACCCCCCAAACAUGUUACUCCACUUAAGAGAAAACCUAUUGAAACCAAAGCUACUAAACAAUUCAAAUCUUGGAAGGACUCACUUCCAAUCAGUGGUGGCAGCUUCGAAAUUGAAAGAAAGCAUGUAGCUACAACAAAUAAUGUUGCUUACAGUAAACAAAAGAAGUCUGAACCCAAAUCAAUUCCAAAACAAAAAGCAUCCGAAGUCAGACCGUCCCUGAAGUCUUGGAAGGAUUCUCUACCUAUUAGAGGAGGAAGCUUUGAGAUGGAAAGAUCAACUGCGAGCAUCAGAGAUAUAUUCCCAAACAUAUCCCGAGGUCGUAUUGAAAACAAGCAAUCUUCAACCAAUUCGAAGCAAGUUCCUCUCAAAGCAAAGAAGAACCCGGAAACUCGAAAACCAACCAAGCAGUCGAAUACCGCAAUCGUGGUCAAGAAGAAAAGUACCGAGAUCAGAAUACCAGGGGCUUUUGUCGAUUACGCAAAACAGGAAACACCAGAAGAACGACCCACAAGUCGCGAGAUUAGGGUUCCUGGUGCGUCCAUCGAAAGUACACCGUUCGACCACGACAAGAAUCAAGAAGAAGAAGAAGAAGAAGAAUCUAUGAUGCAUAAAAAGUCACAAGGUAUUCGACCCCUCAAACUACGACGGAAAGUUAAAGUUAUCGAGGAAGCUAUACCUGUCGAAAAAGCAAAAGUAAAAACAAAAACAAACCCAAAACCGGUAGAAAUAUCCUCGGUCGAUGAACCCGAGACGCUGUAUGUACCUGCGCCUCGUGGACCCCGAGAUCGACCCUUUAAACGAAAGCUUUUUGGGAGAUCUAAUGUUGGAGUGGUGCCCCGGAAUGAUCGUGAUUCGACGUUGUUGCUAGAUGCGGUUAAGGUGGAAUAUACGAAGGUGAAACCGUUGAGGAGGUUGAGUUUGGGGGGGGGUGUCGAGUGGAAUGGGGAAUUUGUGGGAUGA